AUGGAUGAAGCUGAACGACGACGACGCUCAAAUCCAGUCGGUCUGGUUGGUAAUGGCUGCGCCAGACACUGCCUAGAAGAUGUUCGUCGUGGAAUCAACUGGGCCGCAGAAACUUCCCCGCGAAUCCAUGCUCAAGCCCUGGACAGAGGAAUUCGUGGUGCUUUUCGAGAACAGGACGAGGAAAUUUUGAUCUAUCUCGUGACUGAGGCCAAUGUCCCUCUGGAAGAAAUCGACCCAUACCAGCUCUCUACCAUCAGUUCGCUUCCACUCUGGGAAGCGGUGCUUAAGCGCGGAUGGGACAUCAAUCAACGGACCAAAUCACAUGGAGGCUUAGGGCAAAGGCUUCGACUGUUGGACUUUGUCUGCUACGAUAGUGACCUCGUCCACUGGUUACUCGACCGCGGAGCCACAGUAGAUGACGGUGAAAAAGACACUGUGAAAUGCCCGCCCCUACUUCAGACUGCGGCCGAGCGGGCAACUGUACCACUCUAUAAACUAUUUCAGGAACUUGGAGCACCUCAUGGACCACGUGAGCUCCAUCUUGCCGUCAAGAGGGCCAGCGGGCCCUAUCCCUACAUGGAAAUGGUUCGCUAUCUUGUGGAUGAACUCGGACUUGAUGUCAAUCAGUUGGAUGGGGACGAAUAUUUCGGGUGCUCCGACACUGGAAUGUUCUUCGGGCCACCGCUGUAUUGGGCCAUGGAAGGUUCGGGCGGGGGUGAAGAAGUUGUCCGAUUCUUACUCGAACGCGGUGCAGAUCCGUAUUUGAAUGGUGAUGCAAUGGAGAAGGCGGAAAGCCGCGGGAAACAAGGUGUCGUUGCAAUACUGCAAGAGUGGAAAGACGGGAAAAUUGCAGUGCAGCGAAAGGAUUGA